ACCGCCGCCGCAUCCGUCGACGACUCCUCCGCCUACCUGGAGCUCCGGAGUCGCCGCCUCCAGAAGAACUUCCCCGGCCCAGCCGCCGCCACCGCCGCUAGGGCUAAGCGCGGCCCGAGCCUGCUAAAGCCUAGCUCGCACGCGAGCCCUAGGGCCGGGUCUAGCCCCGAGGUGGAGAGCAAGCCGAGCGAGCCGGAGGUGGUCGGCGAGGGGAAUUCGGGCGCGGCGGAGCCGGUGCUUGUGAGAAGCGGAGUUGCGGUGGAGGAGAAGAGCUUCGAGAGUUCGCCCGAGAUCGAUGCGGCGAUCGAGGGGUCAUUUGGGGAUAAUGUCCUCGACAUGGAGAGUGGCAGGAAAACAAGGGAGAGCACCCCGAGCAGUCUGAUUAGGGAUCCAGCAACUGUAAGGACUCCCGGUUCUUCGACCAGGCCUGCCAAGUCAACCCCUCGCAGGAGCGAGCCAGUGACGGCUGCGGAAAAAGUCAUCCCCUCUGACCAAGAAAUUGAAGAUCUGUUUGCCAAAUCUGAGAAACUCCACCAAAAAGAUUUUGCGGAGAAGUACAACUUUGAUGCCGCAAAUGAUAAGCCGCUCCCCGGACGCUAUGAAUGGGUGAAACUGGAUCCCUAAACAUAAAAGGACCAGUUUUCAGAAACUUCUGCAAUUAUCUCUGCCGUGAGUUUUCGCCAACGGACGGUGGGGAGGGCAGGGUGCGGUGGUGGUGUUUGCCGCCCCUUUAAAUUAUCCUUCUCAACCCAAAAAAAAGGGGUCAAUAGUAGUUCUUUUUUACUUAAAUGCUUAGACAUGUAGAGCUUUUAGGAACCUCAGGUCUAAAACCGCUGUGAUAUAAAUGUUUAAAGGGUUCGCAUAGUGGUCAAUCAGCUUCUCUGAAUGUUUCUAACAUUAAUGCCAGAUAUUCUAUCUGACUCUGCUGUGGGGGUUGUAUAUGAUUAUGGGGGAGUACCUUAUUUUGUAUCUUGCGUAUACAGGUACUAUAUAAGGAACUCGAUUUAUCUCUUUCUGAAUAAUAAUGACCCUAAUUUUCUUUAUA